AAAGAAUUAUCUUGGUCGUCGUCUCUACCCGCUGCACCUCGAUCACAGGUAAUGCACCGAUAUUUUUCUCCGCAUCGAUUUAAUUUUUCGGGGAGGAAAAGAAUACAGUGCUUUUUACUCUUUCAAAUAUAUGUUAUUCGUUUUAUUCUUUCCGCGUUUGUUUCACCACGUCCAGUCGUCCGUCCAUCUGUCCGUUCAUCGAUAAAAAUAUAAUAUAAUCAGGACCGUAAACGUGUACUUUUAUUAGAGGCACGUACUCCGCAGAUCGAGUGUAUGUACUCUGGAGCGACUAUCGUCGAAAUCGUGCGUCGAGAAGUAGUUUGCAUCCCUAAACCGCCGUGACCAUCUUAUUUUAGAUAAUCGAUCAACAGUUGGGUGAAACAGCACUUUGAAUUGUUUAACUCGUAAUUCAUCUGACGCAAAAAAACGAAAACAUCAGACUCGCGACACUUCAGUUUUUGUUUUUUGGUUUUGUAACUGAAUAAAGACAGCGUCCAAACGUUCUUGAAGACUACCACUAAAACAUACACUACAAUGACAACUAUUGCGCUGCCGUCAGUGUCUGCAUAGUGUGGCCAAUUUUGUUCCUGCAGAUUUAGUUUGAGGCCAAAGCUAUUGAACCAAUUUAAGUCGAGAUGUAUGCAAAAGGAAAGGGCGCAACAGUGCCAUCUGAUGCUCAGGCCAGAGAAAAGUUAGCAUUGUAUGUUUAUGAGUAUUUAUUACAUAUUGGAGCUCAGAAAGCAGCUCAAACAUUUUUAAAUGAAAUUAGAUGGGAAAAGAAUAUCACAUUAGGUGAACCACCAGGAUUCCUGCAUUCUUGGUGGUGUGUAUUUUGGGAUUUAUAUUGUGCUGCUCCAGAACGCCGUGAUACAUGUGAACAUUCAAGUGAAGCUAAAGCAUUUCAUGAUUAUGGUUUUGUAAACUCAGGUUAUGGUGUAAAUGGUAUUGCACAUAAUGCUGGACCUUCUCCUAGUCCUUUAGGACAAAUGCCCCCGAAUGAUGGAAUGCCAGGGGGUCCAAUGCCUGGAGGAUUUUUUCCAAAUUCAUCAAUGAGACCAUCACCUCCAAGUCAUCCUUCAGCACAACAAUCUCCUCAUUCUCAACCACCAUCACAUGGACAAAUGUUAUCAAAUCAGCCUUUUAUGGGUCCUCGAUAUCCAGGUGGUCCAAGGCCUGGAAUUCGCAUGUCACAAUUAGGAAAUGAUUUUAAUUCUCCUACAGGUCAGCCAAUGAUGCCUGGUAUGGACCCUUUAAGACAAGGUGAAGCUGGAGAAUAUGUUGUAGGUUGGCAAGGAGGUAUGGGACCAAUGAAUCCUCGUAUGAAUCCUCCUCGUGGUCAAAACACUCAAAACAUGAGUCCAUUAGGAUCAUAUAGCCCUGGAAUGCGUGGACCUCCGCCUAAUACAACCUUGGGCCCUGGUGGUGGUGGUGGACCAAGUAUGCCUUUAUCUAUGGGUGGACUUGUUGGAAGGCCACAAUGGCAACCAAAUGCAAAUACUCCAAUGAGUUACUCAUCUUCAUCACCAGGAGCUUACGGAGGACCCUCGGGAUCAGGCGGCCCUCCUGGACCAGGCACACCGAUAAUGCAAAGUCCUCAAGAUUCUUCAAACUCUGGAGGAGAAAGUAUGUACACAAUGAUGAAGCCGGUUACCGGAGGGAAUAUGCCUGGUGAUUUUCCAAUGAAUAAUGCAUCAGAUAGUGGACCGCUAGGACCAAUGGGUCCUAAUACAAUGAAUUCGGUUUUGAAUGGCGAAGGACUAGAUGGUAUGAAAAAUUCACCUGCACCGGGUGGCCCAGGGACACCGAGAGAAGACAGUGGAAGUGGCAUGGGCGAUUAUAAUUUGUCAGGAUUUGGAGGAGCGGGAGAAAAUGAUCAGACCGAAUCUGCUGCAAUAAUGAAAAUAAAAGAAAGUAUGCAAGAGGAAGCCAAACGUUAUGAAAAGGAUUCUGACCAAUCGGAUUAUUACAUCCAAUAGUGAAAAAUAUGAUGGUAGUUUGAAUUUUUCAUGUGUAGAUUUAAAAAAUCUUGCCAUAAAAAUCAGUUCAAUACAUUUACAUUGACAUGUUCAUUCCUGAGACGUUUUUGAAAUUUGAUGGUUCACAGCCAAUAAAAUAUAAAUAGUUAUAUUUAAACAAUUAUUAUGAAUAUGAAAUUAUUCAAUAUAUUAUGAUAGAAUAAUAUUCAUGGUAGUAUUUUAUGUAAAUAUUUUAGGAAAAACUUGUUUUAAAUUGGAAACAACAACAUUUUCAUGUUAUGGUUACAUCAUUAAAAUAGGAAUUUACACCAUCUAUUCAACAACUAUUUCAUGCACCCAUAUCGAUGAUGGCUGAUAUUAAACUAUUAUUUUUCAAGAGCACCAAAAUUUUGAUUAAAAUGUUCUUUUAUGUUUUUUUGGGACUUCUACUAUUUAAAAUAACUGUGUUUUUAUAUAUUGAUAAUUAUUUCUGUUCAAUAUUACAGAUAAAUUAAUUAAUAUUUUUAAAAUUCAUGUUUUAAUGAAUUAAAAAAUAAAUAUAAUAAAUGUAUUAUUUUUUUUAAUAUAAUUACUUACCAUAAAUUAUUACAGUUUAUUGUAAACAUUAUUACAUCAAAUAUAAAUUCAUUUUAAUUGUUAAUAAUUUUGCCAUUUAGUUGUAAAAUACAUGUUUUUUAAGCAAAUACCAAUUGGCGAACUCAAUUUUUCUUAAUGAAAUUUCGAUAUAUUUAUAAUUAUUUUAUGUUUAUUAGUUAUAAAUUGUGGUUAGUUAAAAAAAAUAAUUGAUCCCAUGUCUUAAAAUAUAAUUUAUUCUAAGAAUUGUAAUAAUUGUUUAUGUGGCAACAUUUGAAUGAUAUCUCUUUAAUGACUAGUUAAGUCUAUAUUUAUUAUGUAAAUGUUAAAUCAUAAAAUAUUUCAAUUCCUAUUUAUCAAAAUUUAGAUUAAAACUAUAUUGGGGUUACCUACAUAUUAACACAAACCAAACCUAAUAUAUUGGUUUAUGAGUGAAAUUGCUAUUUGUUAUUAGACAAAUAGCACGUGGCAUAUAAUUUUUGAAAUUUGUAUUCUUAAGCAUUUGUUGAGAACUACAAAGUUGAAUAUUUUUACUGUCUGUGUAUACUUAAUAUUUCUAAGUUAUACAAGGAAAUCUAUUUUGAGAAAAAAUUGUAUACUAAAUUAUUUCAUGUAGUUAACUGUAGGUUCCUUACUGUAAAUAAUACUAAAUGGCAAACAUUUUAUAUAAUAAUAUAAGUAUUAUACACUACUAUACAGAUCCAGAUAAGUUAUAAUUAAAAAAAAGACCAAAUAACAAAUUAACGCAUGCUAAGAACUGUGUAAGUUAUUGGUUAGAAGUUUUCUUAUUUGCUAAAAAAAAUCAAUUUAGCAGUAUGAAAAUAAUUUUUAAAAUAUUGGAAGAUUUACAAGUUAGAAAUAUAUUAUAUAAAAAAAAAAAACAAAAAAAGAUGAAUAGCCAAAUUUAAUCGAUCAAUUAAACUUAAAAAUCAAACCAUAACAUUUUUACAAGAACUUCAUCUACUAUAAAUUAUUUUUUACAAAUUGAUUAUUAUUUAACGAUACACGUUGUAAUUUCAUAUUUAGUUAUUAUUUUUAUAAAUAUAAUGUAAAUUUUUAUCUAAAAAUGGCACUUUUUUAAUUAUAAUAAUAUAUUAAUUAUUAUUGUUUAUUUUUUUUUUUUGAAUCAAAAUGUUAUUCAAUUUGUAUUUAUAUUGAAAUUAAUUUGUUUCUCGUCCCAAAUACAUUCCCUCUAAUAUUUAAUGUUUCAAUAUAGAUUUUGUAAGAAAACAAUGUUAUAAAAUUGUACUAUUAAUUUGUACAUUGUUUAAUUAAUAAUAAUAGUUAUUAUUUUUAUUAUUUCUAUUAUACAUUUCAUAGUUAUUUGUUUAUCUGUGGUAUAUAUUAUUAAUAGUUAUCUGUAAAGUUUAAUAGUAUUUUUAGUAUACUUAUUAUGUACAGUGUACAAGUAUUUUAUAAUUUUUCCUUUAUAAAAUCUCAAUUUAAAUAAAUAUUAAAUAUUUUUGAUUUAAAGAUACGCAGUAACGUACUAAACAGCGCGUUUAUUUAAAAUAUAAUAUGAUUUGUGACUUCAAAAAUUAUAAAAGUUGAAUUGGUAAUGCUAGAACAAUAUUUAUAUUAGUUAGUAAAGAAUGUUGAUUGUUGAUAAAAUAGAAAUUGUUAAUUCCCUAAUAAAAAAAAAAAAAAAACGAAUGUUAUCUCCAUAUUAUAUUUACAAAACUAAUAAAAUGUUAUUGAAAUUGAGAUGAGAAAGUUCAAGUGCAAUUUUGUUUAUUUAUCAAAAAAAUACUAUUAAACAUUUCACCAUAUUAUUUUAUUACUGUAUUAUACUGUAUUAUGUUUUUAAACUGUUUACAAUAAAUUAUUUAUAAUAUUAAUGCACUAUGUACGCCAAAUGUCUCGGAAAUGCUGGAAUACCAACCUAGUGGAUACCCUCCUGGUAUUUUUAAUCGGCCCCAUCUAAUGUUACAUUAUUCUAGUUACAUAGUAGGUAGUCUUAACGGGUUGUGUAUUUCAAUUGUUUCCUAUUUAAUUAGUUUACUGUAAUUUCAUUAGUUAAUUAAUUGCAUAGUUUAUAAUUUUAUACUACAUGUAGGUGUAAAUUGUUCAACUGGUUUGUACACAAAAUAUUAUGUACUGUAGUUAGUCUUAAGUGGAGGUAUACUUGAGCUGGGUGACUGGGAAUUCCUGAGUCUGGGACAUUUUGGUAUAUAUUGUUAAAUAAUUAAAUAUAUCCUUAACCAUAAUUAUAA